UCCGUGCACGAUUUUAUUUUGAAACCGUCCUGACAGGAUGUGACGUCCUACAAUAACUUCCGGUUUGGUGUUUUCAGUGGAACGCGUCAACAUGAAGCAAGAAGACGGAAUCACCCCGACCCGCGAGUACUGCGUGUACACGAGCUGCUACUGUGAAGAAAAUGUUUGGAAACUCUGUGAGUUUGUGAAAAAGGAGAGAACCGCACCACUGGAACAGCUGUUCGUGGUUUUCAUCUCGAACGAGAACAGAAAGAUUCCUCUGUGGAAACAGAAGUCGGGACAUGGAGACCAGCCGGUGAUCUGGGACUACCAUGUGAUCCUGCUUGUCAGGGGUCUUCAGUCGGACACGCUGGUUUAUGAUCUGGACUCUGAACUGUCGUUCCCCUGCAGCCUGAAAGUGUACGGGGCCCAGGCCCUCCGCUCGGACCGCUACCUCAGACCCGAGUACCACAGAAAGGUGCGUGUUGUCCGUGCCGACAGCUUCCUGUUGAAUUUUGCAUCCGAUCGAUCUCACAUGAAGGCGUCUGAUGGGUCCUGGAGGAUGCCGCCCCCCCCGUACCCCCCACUCCACACCGCAGAGAGUCACAUGAACCUGGAUGACUUCAUCAGCAUGGACCCCGCUAUGGGCUGGGGGACGGUUUUCAGUGUGGACCACUUCCUGCGGAGCUACGCAGGAAACUCUUCAUCGUCAUCAACGUCAGUGUAGCUCUGGCGUCAGACCGACGGGCCGCAGCAGAAAGAAGAGUCAAAGCUGUGAGACCUAAGGACUUUAACUACAACUCCCAUGGUGCAUUUCUGCAGCUUUGACGGCGAUAGCAGUGGAGGCUCAUGGGUAUCGAAGUCAGAACCAGUGUUGAUAAUUCAGAGUGGAGCCAGAACAGAGUUUUGUUCUCAGGGGCGUUCUGAGGUUCUACAUCAGGAACAUUCAGUUAAAGAAACAGACGCCUCACUUCCUGGUUCGCUGACAGAACAGCAGUGAGGCUGUAGUGCCCCUACUGACCAGGGGCUGGAACUGCGACGCAAUCAAAUUUUACAAACCAUAUCAAUUAAAAAAAUUAAUGUAAUUACUAGAGUAAAAUGUGGAGAGUAGCAUAACUUUGGGCCUAAAGUAUUUCAAGUUGAAUAUGAUUUUCAAUCAUAUUUUGUCAAUGUUAAGAACACUCAGAACGCACAGAUGUAGACAAUGUAGACGUAGACGUUUUGUUUCUCUUAAUGGUUGUUGGGAAAUAAAAUCUUGAACCGCA